UUUGCGUCAGCCUUGCGUGACCAAAACACUAUAAAUUCGUAAGACGUAAAUAUCGCGUUACAACCUUCGUCUGGAAUUUCUCCAUCCUAAAGACGUCACUGUGCUCUUUAUUCAAGCAAAGGGAAGAUUCUUUUGAGAAUAAGAGCACAAACUGUUUGAGACUGUUUAAAAGAUUCCUUCCGUCGAGCCUCUGGGCAUCGCAUAUCUCCAACACAGAUCAUUACGUUGAAUCAGACCAUGAUCCUGAAAACAGUUUUGGUUCUGCUGGCUUUUCUUUAUGUUGCUGUAGCCCAGGCCCCAGACACUUGCCCCGCGCCUCCUAAGAACCUUCUUUGUUUUAUUGGACUGAAGAACACGUGCACUGACAGCAUCAAGUGCCGGAAAGGGACACUGUGCUGUAAUGAUGGCUGUCGAAGACGCUGUAGAGACCCGUCCAAUAACAGUAGGGGUGCUAGCCAAGGUACUCCUCGAUUGGGAACCUGUCCAUCACAGCUGUCCCCGCCUCCAGGCCCCUGUGUGUCGGAUUCGGACGAGUGUAUGUUUGACUGGGACUGUCCAGGAUCCACAAAAAAAUGCUGCUUUAACGAUUGCUUCAAAGAAUGUGUUGAGCCUAAUAUUGGUGCUCUUCGAGCCAGUUGUCCCCCACAGAAGCAAUCUAUUAGCUGCCGCAUAAACCUCAAGAACCAAUGUUCCAAGGACUCAGAUUGUAGCUACCUUCCAGGAGGACUUUGCUGUUUUGAUGGCUGCCGCCGAAGAUGCGCUGAUCCCAAAGGCUUUCCUAGCAGGAUAGAAACUGACAGACCCGGCCAGUGUCCAUCCACUAAACCACCACCGAUGUGCAUCUCAGACUCAGAUGAGUGUGAAUUCGAUGCUGAUUGUUAUCCAGGAAAGAAAUGUUGUGGUAACACGUGCUUCACGCGAUGUUUGGAUCCAGUGGGACUGGCAACAAACACGAGUCAAUCUGGCUUGGGACCUAAUAUUGGUGAAGUGAUUCAAGGAGAGGCGGCGGGAAAGUGUCCCAUCGUCUCUAAUUCGACCAGGUGCCACAUUGGACUGGCGCACACUUGUAACAAUGAUGUGGAAUGCCCCAAUGGUACCUAUUGCUGUUUUGAUGGCUGCAGGAGGAAAUGUUUGGAUCCUAAUGGGAAUUCGGCUGGAGCGCAAGGUGAAGAUAAAAUUGGAUUGUGCCCUGUUCUUCGGCGACCGGAACUGUGCGUGUCCGACGUGGACGAAUGUUUUAUUGACUGGGACUGUGUCGGGGACCUGAAGUGCUGUUCCAAUAAAUGCUAUAAAGUCUGUACGGCGCCUGCUCCAUUGGUAGGAAAACUUGAGGCUCCAGCAGUGAAAUGUCCAGAACCUGUGGCGUAUGACCGCUGUCCCCAAUCAAUGAAGCAUCUUUGUGACGAUUCCAAGCAGUGUGCCACUGGUACACAUUGUUGCUUUGAUGGCUGUAGACGAAGGUGCAUCUCUACUGAGCCCGCAUCAGAUACUUGUCCUAAGGCCGGUAAAAACCUGAUUUGCCCAGUUGGACUAAGAAACACUUGCGUGGAUAAGGAGUCGUGUCCAGAAGGAACCCUUUGUUGUCAUGAUGGAUGCAGACGGCGCUGUAGGAGCCUGCCCUCCAGCACCAGUCGGCCCUCGACGAAAGCCAUACCUAGGCCAGGCAUUUGUCCUUCACUGACUCCACCAUCUGAAUUCUGCCCGUCUGAUUAUGAUGAAUGCAAGUAUGACUGGGAUUGCGACGAACCAUCCAAAAAAUGCUGCUCAAAUGGCUGCUACAAAAUUUGCGCUUCUCCCGCUGUAGGAGCAGUUCAGCUGCAAGACAACUGUCCAGCGCCAGAGAAGCCCAAACCGUGUCCAAUGACUCUUCGGAAUCAGUGCUUGAAUCAUACGGAUUGCAGCUACCUAUCUGGUGGACUUUGUUGUUAUGAUGGGUGUCGCACAAGAUGUGCCACCGCUGAAGGCUUCCCGGCUCGGAUACAAAAGCCAAGGCCUGGUAACUGUCCCAACCUCAUCCAGCCUGAGUUUUGCAUCGCACACUUCGACGAAUGUCAAAACGACGGAGACUGCUUCCCUGUUAAGAAGUGUUGUAAUAAUGGCUGCUUCAACAGAUGUGUAAAUCCAGUUUUUGGUGAUGUUGGUUUUGUCAACACUAGUUCAGCCAACAAGUGUCCUGACGCUAUAAAAUCCAGUACGUGUCACGUGGGGCUGAAAAACAUGUGCAAUAAUGAUGAUGAAUGUGCAAAUGACACCUACUGCUGUUUCACCGGCUGUAGAAGGCAGUGUUGGGAUCCAGCGACUAGGUCCUCGUCAACGCUGAAUAAGAAAGGCACGUGCCCAGUCCUCCAGUCGCCUCCUCCUCCAUGUGUGUCAGAUGCGGACGAGUGUUUCAUGGACAAGGACUGCGUCAAAGACAAGAAGUGCUGCUCUAAUGGAUGCUACAGAGUUUGUGUGGCCCCCUCGCCAAAAGCCUUAGGUGCUAUUUCUACAGACAAUUGCCCUCAGCCGACAGAGUAUCAUUGUGCUACUUCUCUGAAGCACCAGUGUGACGAUACGGGAGAUUGCUCAGUCCACCAAGUUUGCUGUUUUGAUGGCUGUCGAAGGAGAUGUAUGGACUAUGACAGCGGGCAAAUAACAAAGGGAGUAACGGUGUCCUGCAGGAAAAAUGAGAUGCAAAUCGACGUGGAGAAAGGAAUUCUGAACGGUUUCAAACCUAUUUACCUUCGACUCAACAACAAGUCGUGUAUAGCGACCGGAAACGAGACACAUUUCAGUCUGGUCGCGCCCUUAGUGGGUUGUGGAACGGUCAGCAGUCACACUGGAGAAGCUGUUGUCUAUAGCAACCAAAUAGAGGAGGAAGAGGUCGAGAUUGAAGGUGUUAUUUCAAGAAUGCCUGAACUUACCAUUCCUUUUAGCUGUUAUUACACAAAGGAAGGAGUAACAUCAACAUACGGAAUCAUUCCUCGAAAGUUAAAGAUGACCAUGGACGGCGGAGAAACAAAAACAGAAUUUACACUCGAAAUAUCUGUGUUCAAAGACGAAGAUUAUCUCCGGCCAUUCGGCAUCAGGGAUUUUCCUCUGAAGGUUUCUUUAGGGAAGCCUCUCUUCGUACAGCUUGCAGUAGAUUCGCCAGAUACCCGACUGACGAUUCGAGAGGAAAAAUGUUAUGCCACGCCAACCCAGCAUCCUGAUGAUGUCAUGCAGUAUGACAUCAUAAGACAAAGCUGUGUUGUGGAUUCCACAGUGAAGUAUUACCCAGGCCCCCAAGGCACCAGACGAUUCAGUUUUGACACAUUUCAGUUUACGGGGCAGUACGGCAGCUUUGUGUACUUGCACUGUAAAUUGGUAGUUUGUAAUGCCACCGAUCCCAACUCCCGCUGCAAUGUCGACUGCUUUACUGAUUUCCCCAGGAGAAGACGGCGAACAAUGGAGAAGGAGAAUUCGAAGGAUGUAGCUCGAGCCGGCCUCACUGAGGGACCAUUCCUAUUUAGAAGUCAAAAGGAGACAAAUAAAGACUCGGCACACUCAGAAAAAGAAUCUCCAUUCAAUAUAACCACUAUUGUUGUGGUUGCUAUGGCAAUCUUUUGCGCCGUGUGCCUCGCGGUGAUCGUGUACAUGAAGGUGAAAUUUGUACCAAAACCUCAACCAGACCCGAACAGAGAGACCUAUCUUUAGACAUCAUAUAACCAUCACCAAUAGCUCUCAACGCGAUAAACUAAGUCAGUAUCUGUUUAAAAUCUUCAAGACCUUGGCUUGUUCGACCUUGAAAGUGACCGUGUGUCUUCACAUAACUUUAAGUUCACUUGUAAUAGCUCUCUGAAAGACAGCAUUGCCAAUCCUUUUAAUUUUACUUUACACGACAAGUUAAGAGUGGAGAUUUAUGAUUUCAAAACGCAGACAAAAGUGGAUCUACCUGUGUUGCUGUCUUUUAGACUGAGAAGCGAUAAUUGUAAUGAGCGGCAAGCCAGUAAACAGUUAACGCACUGAAUCCACGAAGUUUUCAAAUAAACAAAUAAACAAUGUAG